AUGAAUAUCGUUAUAGUUGGGGCGGGACUUGGUGGACUUGGCGCGGCCCUGGCCCUCAAAAGUGCCGCGCCUCUACACAACGUCCUUGUGCUCGAGUCCGCACCACAACUGGCAGAAAUAGGAGCAGGCCUUCAACUCACGCCGAACGCGACCCGACUGCUGCUCCGUUGGGGAUUAGGAGACCGACUUGAAAAGGUUGCAGCAAGUCCGGAAAUUCUCACCAUUCUACCCUACAAGGGAGACAAAGUGCUGGGUAGACGCAACGGCUUCGGGAAGGAGAUGGUCUGCAAGUAUGGAUCGCCAUUCUGGGACAUGCACCGUGCGGACCUGCAGCUGGCCAUGUUUGAACGUGCUCAAGAGCUCGGGGUCAGGUUCAGGUUUGGCGCCACAGUGACAGAGUACGAUUUCGAGGGUUCAAAGGUAUCACUCUCCAACGGCGACGAAGUUUCGGGAGAUUUGAUCAUUGCGGCCGAUGGCCUAUGGUCCAGAGCCCGCACUCAAUUCCUCAGGAACAACGACUCCCCGCUGCCGACUGGUGAUCUGGCUUACCGCAUUGUCUUGCACACCAACAUAAUCGAGGACGAAGUUCUGAGAGAGUUCGUCUCGAAACCUCGGGUGCACCUUUGGGUCGGGCCCGACUGUCAUGCGAUUUACUAUCCGCUGCGCAACAACACGAUGAUCAACAUCGUGCUCCUCGUUCCCGACGAUCUUCCCGAGAAUGUAGCCAAAGCCCCGGGCGAUAUUGGUCAGAUGAGGGAACUUUUUCGGGACUGGGAUCCACUUCUGCAACGCCUCUUAGCACUUGUUCCCCAAGUUCAAAAGUGGCGUUUGAUGAACAACACGGAAAUGGAUUCGUGGUGCAAUGAGACUGGAACAAUUGCCUUUCUAGGUGACGCUUGUCAUCCAAUGUUGCCUUAUAUGGCGCAAGGAGCCAACUCGGCCGUGGAGGACGCCGCCGUUCUAGGCACCCUCAUUGCAAAAGCACGUGACAAAUCGGAUCUUCCAGCCCUCCUCCGCAUCUACCAGCACCUGCGGAAGCCGCGCUCUUGGGAAAUGGUGAAAGGGAGCCUCAGACAGAGAGAUGUCAACCAUCUUCGAGACGGCCUGGAACAGCAACAGCGCGACAAGAUACUGCUAGAACAGCUCGACACACCACUGCCAGGUUAUCCCUUUUAUUGGUAA